UCCCCUAACGCGUCCCUCUGGCCACUCUUCAUUUGCCUUCUAUGCACCGUCGCGAAUCUCGGCCUCUUUCACCAAUCUUCGUCCCAACCGUCGCCAGCCGUACCUACGACUGCCUUAACCAAGCAAGACAUUUUCAAACUUCGCCGGCCGUCCCAAUACAUCCGUCUUCACGAGAUCUCCCGACCUUCGCCGCCGGUAGCCAGGCAAUUCGACAACUAUCCCAUCGUCGUUGGGCAGAUUGACUCGGCCGCCCCGAACAAGGUUAUCGACGGUGCAGCCCAUAGGCAUAUGGUCCACAGUGGUACGAUCAUCCCCGAAGAUAGUCGCGUGCAUGUCUCGCAGACGGUGUCCACCAUCGUUCAGUUCCGUGCUAUCGACUUCGGCAUGGAGCGAUGCGAGCUUCAGCUAAUGAUUAAGCCACAGUCCUCCGUUAGCCUCUCGUCCAAGCCGUUCACGCUGGAUGUCUUCCGCCUCAACUCUUCUCUCCCUCUGGACACGCGAGCACUCACGUACAAGACCCGGCCGCCUCGCAUCUCGAAGGUAGCUGCUGUCGAAGUGACUGGUGCAUCCGAUACGCACUGGUACCGCGGCUUUGCGUGCCCCUCCGAUGAUGUCCUUACAUUUGAACUGGCUUGCGAGCCGACGCUAGACGAAGGAGAAUGUCGUGUUGAGUGGUGGCAGAACAAGAGCAACCCUCCGACAGCGGUCUUCGUCAGGCAGCAUGCGACUGUGUAGCGUUGGCCCGGAUGACUCUACGGUCACCUCGGGCAUGUGGGACCGUGGUUAUCAACGUUCAACGUUUCCAGUCAGCCUUGGCUUUCGUGCAGCUAGCCGGUUCUUUCAAACAGAGUCUGCCAUCUCUCCGCUGCAAUGGUCACUCUGAAAGAGGGCGUUGAGACCCGUGUAACUGUCAGCUCCACUUUGCACAUUAUGCGCGCAUCAGUCAUGUCUCUCGCACCUACUGGCGUCAUACCGCCGCGUUUCAUCUGUCCCGCUGUUCAGUGUUGUAAGCGGUGUUCGUUCAACCAUGGCCGAUCCUCGACCUCAACCUGGUAUCACAGCAUGACCGGACG